AUGGCCUUAACUUUCACAUACGGGGUUAGACCCGUGUUAGAAAAUAAGAUAUCUUCAGAAAGGCCUGGGAGACAAAAAGGAAUACGAGAUUUGAAAGAUACUUCAAAACAGGCCAACAUGGCUGGAGUGAAUCUAGGAGGUACUAAGAAAAGAAAGAAGACAUUGAAAAAUACUUCGGGAAUGCCCGAUUCCUGUGCGUGUGGGAUGAACAAUUUAGAAUUGUUCCAAGUCCCUCCCACCAACAUUGCUUUAGAAGAGUCGAAAUGGGAAGAAUAUUACCCUAUUUCCAGUACUAUAGAUUCCGACACGGCUCCCAUCGAAUUUGAAAUUAAAGGACAAGGAGACCAAUAUCUGGAUUUAUCUCAAACUUAUCUUCAAAUGGUCUGUCAAUUUACUCAAAAUGAUGGAAGUGCUCUGGCUGGAGAUGCGGCUAAAAUAGCUCCGGUGAAUAAUAUCUUACAUUCCAUGUUUACGGAAAUCAAUAGGCUCUGGGAGUUUCCGGCGCAGCUGCUAGCUGCCGCUCAAGAUGGCAGUGUGACCAUUAGCAAACCCAUCCUCACAGAGUACCCGGACAAUUCUAAAAACGAAGGAUUCAGAAAAAGAAACCAAGCUAUUGCUGGGAGUAAGAAAAUCACUUUGCUGGAUCGUUUACAUCUGGAUUUGUUUCAACAAGAUCGAUUUCUACCUAAUGGAGUGGACGUCCGUUUGCGAUUUAAUCGAGCUAGACCUGCUUUCUACCUGAUGACUGGUCAAGCCAAUACGGGAAAAAUCAAGAUUUUGAGUAUGGUCUUGUGGGUGAGAAAAAUCAAACCUGCCCCUACUUUGAUGAAUCAAAUCAAUCAAAAUCUGAAUACUCACAGAGCCAAAUAUCCCUUGAGAAGAGUGGAAGUGAAAACCUUUACCAUCCCCACAGGAACUCAGUCUAAGAUUACAGAUCAUCUGUUUCAAGGCCAGAUGCCUAAACGUCUCAUUUUAGGCUUUGUGGAGAAUGCGGCCUUUAACGGAGAUAAAACAAAAAAUCCCUUUCAUUUCCAAAACUUUGGGAUUAAGAAAUUAGAUGUCAGUAUCAACGGAGAGACCAUGAGUAAUCGUUGUUUUGAACCUAAUUUCAACGACGAUUUAUAUCUGAGAUCUUAUCUCAGUCUGUAUCAAGCCCUGGGAAAAUUAGUAGAAGAUUGGGCUCCAGACAUUACCCUAGAAAAGUAUAAAAGCGGCUUCACUCUAUGGUGUUAA